AUGCGCAGCCCGUUGCUCUUGCCGCUGCUCUUGCCGCUGCUCGAUGCCGCCGCCGCCGCCGCCGCCGCCGCCGCCGGGCAGCCGCCGUGGAAGACGUCCAACCUGACGCUCCAGCUGUCCAGCUUCGUGCCCGUCUGCGCCGAGGACUGCUUCGUCUCCUUCCUGCGCGUCGGCUUCGGGCUGGGCCCGGGCGACAGGAUCCCCUCGCUGGAGGAGCUGUGCGCGACGAAUGCCCGGACGGGCUUCACCGUCGGCGAGGGGGCGGUGCAGUGCAUCGCUGCGGAGAAGAGCAUCGGCGGGUGCUCCGAGGCGGACGCCGGCUCGUCGGUCAUUUACCGCGCCCACCAGAUGUGCGCGAACCAAGCCGGGGCCGUGACGCCCACCCACGGGGUCAUUACUGCCACUCUUAUGCUGCCGCCCCCGGGCGCAGGACGCGUCGUCUCCUUCCCGCCCCUGCCGGCCGCGACGCCGCGGUCCCGGAACCACACGACAAGGGCGCCUCUCCCUUCGACGCUGGUCGUCGACACGCGCUCCCUGGCGUUUGCGACGGCCCCGUCCGCCGGCGACACCACCACCACCACCACCGCCACCACCGCCGCCAUCAUCACCACGCUCAAGACGUCCGUCCGCGGCACCGGCACCGGCACCGGCAGCAGCACCGCCGCCGCGGAGACGAGCACCUCGGCCGCCGCACCGGCCACCGGCAGCGGCGGCGGCGGCAGCAGCGACAGACCCCUCACCCCGCUGCAAAGGACGGGCAUAGCCGUCGGGGUGAUUGGAUUCGCCAUUGUCGGGGUCGGGCUCGUCCUCCUGCUGCGAUGGCACCGGGCGAGCAGGACGAGCAUGCGCGGGGAGCACUCGCCGCUGCCGAGCUCGCCCAGCAGGCGGGACUCGUGGGGAUACCGCUUCGACAAGCCCCGCGGCGGAAGCAGCAGCACGGGGGACGAGCCGUCCUCUGCGACCAACCCUGCGCACCCGCCGCCGCCGCCGCCGCCGCCGCCGCCAGAUGCCGAAAAGCCGUGCCGGCCCCGUCCUCCCGGCGCCUUGAGAAACACGCCACCGCGGCCACCGCCGACCGCAGCCGACCGGCCCCUGUCCAGGCUCCUUCCGCCGGCCCCCCAAGCCGCGAAGCACCGCGCGCGGCCGCCGCCGCCCGUCCUGCCCAAGCUCCUGAUCCCUCGCCGAGGCGACGACGCGGCCGCAGCGACGGCGACCGACAAACCUCGCGAAAGCACCGCGACAGAGUUUGAGGAAGACGGCCGGGAGUCCUCGUCGGCAUCUCCCCAGCGCCUCCAGAUCUGGAGGCCGCCCAGCAUGGGGCCGCGCUCCGCCGCGACGUACUACGUCGCCGACAGAUGCGGCAACUGGGUGCUGGCCGACGCCGCCGCCGCCGUCAAGACGCAGCCGCAGCCGCAGCCGCAGCCGAGCGCGCAUCCCCGGCCAUCCAUCCGCAUUGUCACCGACCAAGACGCCAACCACGACGGCAUGGUGCCCCGAGCGCUGUUCUCGGACCCCGCGCCCGCCUGUCCCUCGGCCGGGCCCCGUCUCAGCGGCACCGCCACCUCGGCCGCGGAGCCCGAGCCGCACGGCCACCUGUACCCCGUGGCGGAGCUGCCGGCCCCCCGGAACGGAGCUCCCAGCCCGUUGGUUCCGAGGAUGCGCCUCCCCGAGCUGCCCGACACCGCUGCACAACACCACCACCGCCGCCCGGCCCGCGACCCGGCCGCCCUGCGCACCGGCUCGCCCACGCUGCGUGUCGUCGCGUCGUCGCCGUCGCCGUCGCCGUCGCCGUCCGCGCGGGAUGACAGAUCCAGCCUGCCCUCCGCGCGGGAUGCGCCGCUCGCCUGGGUCCCGGGCCUGCCGGCGCACCCGCACCCGCACCGCCGGCCCCCUUACCCCGGCAGCUCCCUCUGGCUGCCGCCGCAGGCGCGCUCCAGACAAACCCCCCGGAUGGAGACGGAGCCCGUCCACCACGAAAUGACGCCCAACCGCGCCCAGAGGCACUUUGACGCGCUGGCCAGGAACCCGCCGCCGCUGUACCACCGCCUCCAGCGGGCCCCGGGAGCAGAGCCCUCCCCGCAGGAAGGCUUGGCCCCGGCGACCCGGCCGGAGGGAUUGGCGCCCGCGAGGCGCGGCGCCCAGCUCCGUCUGCGCGCGCAGUGA